AUGAUAUAUUUUUCAGAAUAUUUGUACACUCAACAUCGAAUAACAGAAGAAAAACGUAUAUUUCGUUGCGAAGAUCCAAAUUGUAGAAUUCGGCUGCACCUCAUUCGACUUAAAAAUGAAAUUAAAAGUCGUGGUGCAUCAUCAGAUGAAGGAGCUAGUACGAUACUAUUUGAUGUAUUACGGACAAUUCCAUUAACUAUAACUACUGAUUUACCUACAAAUGACGCAUUGUUGCAAACGAUUCUAUUUGAACGACCAGCAAUGCAACUUGGUCAUAAUGGUCGUUUACCUUUAAUAUUACGACAAACUGAUCGAGGAGAAAGUUUUAUUCUAUAUGAAGAUGAUUCUAUGGUAAUAUUCACAUGUGAUAAGGACUUAUCAGUUUUAAAGCAGUUAAAUUUAUUAAAAUAA